AUGUUCGCAGUGUGCUACCUUUCGACUAUACUCUGCAGUGUUUGGAUGCUGUCAGGUAUCCCCUGUCAUGCGUGCUAUGCGCCAGACGUGAUCAAUACCGCAGUUGCAAAGUAUGGCGUAACGGAAGAGGUCGAGUGUUGCCCUGUGUAUUAUUGUUGUGGCCCAUGCUCGACCUGCCGUGCUCACAGAGAGGUUGAUGCACGGAUUAAAUUGGGAGUCACUCCAGUUGGGUCACAAAUCACUAUCGCUCAACCAGUGGUUAUGACAGCGCCAACCCCGGUCUUUGCAAAUAAAUAA